AUAAAAAUGAAUCAUUGUGACAAAGAAGUGAUGACAUAAAAACUCACCAAAACGGAUUUUUUUUUUGGACGACGUUUGGAUGAUAUCGACGGUGACGUCAUCUCUCCGCCAAAACUGGACGAGGAUGUGAUAGUUUGGCGAGCAGGAGUCGUAAGUGAUUAAGUUGCAGGGGAAAGGGCGACACUCUGCGCUGACAUGCAAGUGUGGAAAUCGGCGUUCUUGCUGCUGCUCGCGGCUCCAUGCUGGACGCUGCAGGAGGAGGGGGAAGAGGACGACACAGUGGCAGGAGACGUCGGCGUCCAUCAGCAGGGGCGGCUGGUGGAGCUGCUGACCUCCCUCGAGUGCCAAGAACUCCUGGUCGCCCUCUCCAAUCCGGAGGAAAACGUCGCAGAGCACGCCGACAGCCUCUCGCUGGAACACAAUCGGCUCCGCGCCAAGAGAGACGCCGCCUCGCUGCAAGACAGCGAUGCCGAGUGCAGGGCGGCCCUCGGAGCCUGGCUGGAGAAGUACGGGCCAGAGGUGUACUACGACCGCCUCUCCCGGGCCCUGCAACACAUCGGCAGAACGGACGUCGCCCUCGAGGUCGGCAAGAACAUCAACCAGGACAAGAUCUUGAACCUGCAGCGCUACGCCGAAGGAUAUCACCGGUUUGCCAGCUCCCUGAAGUCCCGAGAGGUGCGACCGCAAAAAGGCCAGAAGGGCAGGAAAAAACGGGUGUCGGAGCUGACGUGGCGCGACCUGGACCUGGUCGUGCUGCGGCCCCCCGUCGCCGCCUACACCAAGGGCCCCUUGGACGUGGCGCUCCCUCUUCUGUACGGCGUCCUGCUGGGCUUCGGGGGCUCCUUGCUGGCCGCCGCCGCCGCCCUCCUCGCCGUCCUGCGCUUCGCCCGCUGGAACCGACGAUGCCGUGGAGCCCGGGUGGUCUACGACUGUAAGACUCCACUUCCAGAGGCCGUGAACUCCAAGGACACCAUGAAGCAGUUCCUGUCAGAUCGCGUGGUGAAGGCGGCCAGGGCGGUCUACAGCGUGAUGGUGGACAAGAACCCCACCCUCAUCCGGGACAGGAAGCACCACCUCAAAACACACAGACGAUGCUGCUCGGGCAAGGAGCUGGUGGACUGGCUGAUGAGACAAAGCGAGGGUCUGCAGUGGAGGAGCCAGGCGGUGGGCAUGUGGCAGGUCCUGGUGGACGAAGGCAUCCUGGUUCACGUGAAACAGGAGCCGAACUUCCACGACAAGGACACGCAGUUCUACCGCUUCCUGGACUCUGAGUACGGACUGAACCACCUGACCAAGGACUGUGAGGACGAGCUGCAGGAGAGUCUGUCUCUGCUGUCCCAGCUGGGCCCGGACGCCCUGCUCGCCAUGAUCCUCCGCAAAUGUCCAGGUCAGAGGAGCGGCGAGGACCUGGAGGUGAUCUACGAGGAACUCCUCCACCUCAAGGCCGCCGCUCACCUCUCCACCUCGGUGCGGAAGGAGCUGGCUGCUGUGCUGCUGUUUGAGUCCCACGCUAAGGCCGGAACUGUCUUGUUCAGUCAGGGGGAUAAGGGCACUUCCUGGUACAUCAUCUGGAAAGGCUCCGUCAACGUGAUCACCCACGGGAAGGGUCUGGUGACCACGCUGCACGAAGGCGAGGACUUCGGGCAACUGGCCUUGCUGAAUGACGCCCCACGCGCCGCCACCAUCAUCCUGCGGGAAGACAACUGUCACUUCCUGCGUGUGGACAAACACGACUUCAUUCGCAUUCUGAAGGACGUGGAGGCCAACACGGUGCGACUGGAGGAGCACGGGAAGACGGUGCUGGUGCUUGAAAAGCGUGCCGACUCGGCCGAGCAGGGAGGAGCAGGAAACAAGUACACGGUGAUGUCAGGAACACCGGAGAAGAUUCUAGAACACCUCCUCGAAACCGUGAAGUUGGACUCCAACGGGAACGACGCAGCAGAUUCCUGCGUGAGCGACUUCCUGCUCACCCACAAAGUCUUCAUGCCCUCCAGCCAGCUGUGUGCCGCACUGCAGCAACACUACCAGGCGCGGCCCUCUGAGGGCUCGGAGCAGGAGAAGGCCGCCUACGUCCUCACCGCCAGGCAGAAGGUGGUGAAGCUGAUGGGCCAGUGGGUGGCGCUCUACGGCCUCCUGCUGAGAGAAGACCCCGUCGCCUCCGCCUUCCUGGAGAAGCUGAAGAAGGACAUGUGUGCUGACGUGCGGCUGAAAGAACAACUGAGGGACAGAAGAAGAACCAGAGUCUUAGAGAAUGGAUACCACUCCUUGAGCAGGAAGCAGUCGUUCAGCUGGUUCCCACACGGCGAGGAGGCCGCAGGCGGGCUGCAGCCAAUCAGAGCGCAGGAUGAAGUCUUGUACCGGAUCCACACGGCAGACCACCAGGACCUCUCGCUGAUGCUGCCCGUCAACAGCAGCGUGCAGGAAGUGAUGUCAUCGCUGGUCAAGCCCGGAGGAGAUCACGUCCUGGUCAAGAUGAACUCGGCGGGAGAGCGAGCGGAGCUGAAACUGGACGCCUCGGCCGUGUUCACGGCUCUGGGACUCAACGAGAGACUCUUCAUCUGCACCAGCGCUCAGGUGCAACAUCUGACGCCGCUGAGCGAGCAGCAGGGUCCCGAGCGAGGGAGCGCCAACGCGCUGGAACACAUGUGCUCCAAGGACGUCGCCAGCGAACUCACCAACUACGACUGGGAGCUCUUCGCCGCCAUGCACGAGGUGGAGUUGGUCCACUACGUAUUCGGACGCCACAAAUUCCCGGGCGCCGUCACGGCCAACUUGGAGCGUUUCGUGCGUCGCUUCAACGAAGUUCAGCUUUGGGUCGUGAGCGAACUUUGCUUGUGUGAAGAUUUGGUGAAAAGAGCCGUGCUGCUCAAGAAGUUCAUCAAGAUAGCCGCCGUGUUAAAAGAGCAGAAGAAUUUCAACUCCUUCUUUGCCGUCAUGUUUGGUUUGAGCAACAGUGCGGUGCAGCGACUCUACAAGACCUGGGAGAGAAUACCUGGCAAGACUAAAAGAAUCUACUGUUCCUACGAGAGGCUGAUGGAUCCGUCACGUAACCAUCGAGCUUACAGGCUGGCUGUGACCAAGUUGAGUCCUCCUUUCAUUCCUUUCAUGCCGCUCAUCCUUAAAGACAUGACCUUCAUCCACGAGGGAAACGCCAACCUGGUGGAGCGCCUGGUCAACUUUGAGAAGAUGCGGAUGAUCGCCAAGACCAUGAAGAUGGUGCGAGGGUGCCGGAGUCAAACCUACGUGCCGUCAUCACCGCAGAGAAGUCUCGCUGACAGAAUGUUUCUAGAAGGUUCUGCUGCUCGCCUUUCCACGUACUCGGACCACGCCCUUCCUCAGAGGAGCCCCGGCAACACCCGCCUUUACGUUCAGCACCUGAGGGUGAUUGACAACCAGCGCAAGCUAACGCAGCUAUCGAGGACCUUGGAAAGCUAGCGGCGGUCUGACGGCGUCACGGGGGCUUGGUUGCCGUGACGACGCACUGACGGGACUCAAACCGACAGGAUUUUGACACACACACACGUUCUUGUAUUUGUUACCUUCUUGAGACCUUUUUAGCACCACCCUUUCUGGAUGUAUAAAGAUUUGUAUUUACAACAUUAAUAAUAUAUACAUACUAUGCACAUAUAAAAAAGCUUUAGGUUAAUUUAUUUUAUUUUAUUUUAUUUUUGUUUGUAAUUGGUUUUUAAUCUUCAUUAUUAAUUAUUACAGUAUGUCUCUGUAUACA